AUGAGCCUGCGCCACUUGUGCUGUCUGCUGGAGUCUCUCAGCUUCUUGUUCUCGCGCUCUCCUCCUCCUCCUCCUCCUCCUCCUGAGUUGUGGAGGAAGGGAGAACGAUGGGAUAGAAGGAGAAAUGUCGAGUGUAUGGACGGAAACGAGACAGGUCAGGAUCUCCAGCGAGAGAAGGAAGAUGACAGUUCAAGCUGGAGGAAGGCAGGAAGAGACGAGAAGGAGGGGAGGGAGGGAAGGGAAGGGAGGGAGCGAGGGGGCAACGAUGAAACGGAGGAGGAGGAGAAGGAGGGAGGAGCAGAGCUCUCCAGCCUGGUUUCACCCGAUUGGCUGAGAAACUUGUGCGACAAGAUCUUGAAGAGAGUCAUUGAGUACAUCAGCAUUCCCUCAGAUGCUCCUCCCGAUCAAGAGCAGGAGGAUGAGAAGGAUGAAGGAGAGGAGGCGGGAGAACGAGCAGGGAAGGAGGGCGGAAGCGAGACAGACGAGGAGGUACAGCAGGACGGCGAGGGAAGAGUUGAGGAUGGCAAGGUAGAGAAGGACGAUGGAGAAACCACAGAGGGGACAGACGGCGAGACUAAAGCAGCGAAACCUCGUUCGGUGAAAGGCAUUGAACAUGUUUGGACUUGUUUACAAUCUUUCUCUGUGUUGGGAUAUAAGAUGGAGCAGGAGCAUCUUUCGGCUAUCAUCCUGGCCCUCGCUCGUCCUCCUGUGCUCGCUCGUCUUCUCUUCAAGCACAUUGCCAUCGUCUUCUGGUCUGUCGCUGCUCAGGCAGUUGCGCAUGGCGAGGCUCUUCCGAUCUUCUUGCGCAUGCACGACCAGCACAUCAUCCAAGCUUGCAACCUGACACGGAGCAAGGUUCCCUUCUCCUCCUCCUCCUCCUCCUCCUCCUCCUCCUCCUCCUCCUCCUCCUCCUCCAUCAUCGUCCCGUACUGCUGCUCUCACUGCGACCUCCCCGUUACCAGGGAUCGCAUCCCAUGGCUACUCAACAUGCCCGUCAGACUCGCACUUGAUCGCAUGCUCGAGGUAGCAACCGACCGACUUGACCGCAUGUUCCACCCGGACCUCCAGGCCCUCCGGCAGGAAGCCGGCCCGGAGGUCUUCGUCGACGUCACUUCUCGCUUCAUCUGCGGCAUGGCAGUGAUCAAGUUCCCAGCUGACAAGGCGAGGAACGUCCUGCGGCUCCUCCCCGUGGAGGCCAAGGCAGUGAAGCUGCUGAUGCAGCGAAUCAUGCCGACAGGAGAGUGA